AUGUGGGUUCAGGAGCAAGGUUCAGAUCCGAGUCGGGCAGCUGCUUUCCUGGAUUGGGCAGAUUCAGACGAUUUCUGGCCCAUGUUCAGGGACGUCUUCAAGACGUUUGGGCCCUUGAGCCCGGACACUGGCACGAUGGCUUACAUGAAAUGGAAGCAAUGGGAGCUGUUUAUCGACGGGCUUGACGCGGCCAAAGACGCCGGCGCAUUGGAUGGCAUAGUAGUGCCGUUGGCAGGUGAAUGGCGUCCAGAUGGAUCGAGCUACUUCACACGCAUCCAAGAGAAGCGUGAUUGGGUUCUCGCUAUGCAGAAGAGCCAGUGGCAAGGGCUUUUCGGAUCACCACCGAAGUGGUCUGCUGGAAACUUGGUUGGUUUUAUGCGAUGCCCUGCAGGUUUCGUCUUAAUUCAGUAUGUCGUGUUUCUGGUUCACAAAUUGCGAUCCGAGCUGUCUGUGGAAGCAGCACAGACGAAUCUAGAGAGCAUGCUCUACGCCUUCGUGAACAUCUUCGACGCGCACUUCGACCACCUUGAGUCUUCGAAUUGGAACUACUCUUCGUUUGACCUUGCUGUAAACCUGAACAUCGAAGACGAGCGUUAUUUCCCGCGGUAUGCUGACUUCGUUGCUGCUCAAGAUAACCCGCCGGUGUAUCAGCCACGCUGGCAAGACCAAUGGCCAGAGCAUGUUUCUUGUAUUCAGCUGGGAGCACCCAAGGACUUAGAAAAGCUUCGCAUUGCACUCGUCGGAGAGCAUGGGCCCAGCAACUUGGAGCAUCUGGAAGCCCUUUCGGCGGCAUUGGAAGAGUCGACGCUUCAGGUCGAAGCCGCCCAUUUCUUCACCUACUUGUGGCAGCUGGCGGAUCUCUCCGACGGCAGCUCUCUCCGCUCCUCUCUGCGAAUCACCUGGGAGGCUUUCUGGGGCCAGCCACUGACAGAGUCGGCAGGUAGGGACAAGAAGUCUCAGCCUCUUUGGACCAUCGAACAAGCAGUUUGGGCCUUGAGGGAAUACGCUCGCCGAGAGCCUUUCCUUCGAAGAGCAGAGGCCAUCGUGUGCAGUGAGCCUCUUUGGCUUUGCGUCCUUCUUCAUCAUAUAUUGAGCAAGUCGAUUUUUACUCGGGCCUCUGCUGCCGGUCGAGUCAUGUGCCUCCUCGUUGAUUUCGAGCAGGUCUUUGGUAUCGACGAGGUGGAGAACUUCUGGGAGAUUCUCCGGCAAGUCAGCCCCACCUUCCACGGACGCCCCGUCAUCACAGCCACAUCGCGAAUCACAGCAGAGAUGCUCGACUGGCAAGCUGGCAUCAGAGUGCCCUACGUUCCUUUUCUUUCCUUGCACGUGAAAGCACGAUAUGCUCCCGUGCACGACGAGCUCCUCUUCCUCUUCUUUCGAUCCUUGCUCCCCGCAGGCGCGACCUUCCACCGAGUGCUUCGGCUAAUCGAAGCAGAGAGGCAAGCUGCUGGGAAGACGCCACGGCCAAGGAUUGUCGCAAUGACCAAGGCCAUGAGCUACGACGAAAUGGCAGCCUUUCGUGCGGUUGUAAUGCUGCCGCAUAUCCCAAACGCCUUGCGGCUCUCCGAUUGUUAUGCGAUGGGGCUCCCACUCUUUAUCCCGGGUGAGCCACUCAUCCACAAGUUUAUUUGGCCAGAUGAUCCUCUGCCUCUCCUGAGCAAAGCUCGAAUGCCAGAGGCAGCCGCAGAUCUCCGUUUCCCUCGCUCUCCAUUGGAGUUUCAGUCCGAAGGUCGACGAUUCUACAAAUUCCGGGAGGAACGGCAUUACUGGCUUCAGUACACGGAGUGGUGGCUCCGUCCACAUCUCCUGCACUUCAGCAGUGCGCGUGAUCUGCUGGACAAGCUGGCGGGCUUUGCCCAAGGACAUGCAGUCAGCACCGCGAUGCUGAACCACCAGGCCAAGAUGAGAAGUGAUGUCUUGGACUAUUGGCGCUGUGGGCUGUCAGCUGCAUUGGCCGACUGGGCUGGGUAG